GCGCAGUUUGGGAGUUGUGUGACGCCUAUGUAACCUACCUAAAAACGAGAGAAUCAGUAAAUACUUCUGCUCACAAACAAGAAGUGCUCAUCUGAAGUCCUCAGUGUGUCAAUAGCCGUGACCACGCACAGAAGUUGGCCGAGUGAGGAAAAAAGUUGUUCUGGAUGCGCAUGUAGCUCGAAGUGCUUGUCGCUUUGAUUUUUACAUCGGAACUAGUUGACGUCGGAAGCCUCGAUUUCCCCUUAAAGCCAUUAGAUCCUGGGAGUGCUGAGCGGGAUUUUUUAGCAACAACUGGCGAGGCCUAGAACUGUCCCGGGACACGGCAUUAUAGGAAUUUACACGCCUGGGAUUCAACUGACGCUGAAGACAGCAGCAAUUUGGACAUUUAAAGUGAGCAAGUGAAGUUCUACAGCUGGAAAUCCAAGAAAGAAGAAUUGAAAGCUAAAAGGAUAAAUAAACAGAAAAAAAAACUACAGUGAAGAUGGGGAGAAAAAAGAUUCAGAUAGCGCGGAUUAUGGAUGAACGGAACAGACAUGUGACCUUUACUAAGCGUAAGUUUGGUCUCAUGAAGAAAGCCUAUGAACUGAGCGUGUUGUGUGAUUGUGAGAUAGCCCUCAUCAUCUUCAACAGCACCAAUAAGCUGUUUCAGUAUGCCAGCACAGACAUGGAUAAGGUCCUGCUCAAAUACACCGAGUACAAUGAGCCCCAUGAGAGCAGAACCAACUCUGACAUUGUGGACACACUGCGUAAAAAGGGCUUAAAUGGCUGUGACAGUCCCGACAUUGAAGCGGAUGACUCUGCUGGUCAGAGCCCAGAGUCUGAAGACAAGUAUCGCAAAAUUAACGAGGAUAUUGACCUCAUGAUCAACAGACAGAGAAUUUGUUCUUUGCCCUCUUCAAACUACGACAUGGGUGUGUCAAUGGGUGGCAACCCCAGUGGACUGCUGUACCCUCAUCCUGCCAUCGGGGGGAGUGGUUUGGGGAGCCACAACCUUCUUCCCCUGUCCCACACAUCUCUGCAGAGGAACAGCAUGUCUCCUCAGCGGCCACCAAGCACCGGAAACACAGGAUUGAUGAGCUCAGAGCUGGUCUCCAAUGUUGUAAAUGGUAACUAUAAUAAUCACUGCCCCUCCCCGGGACUGCUGUCACCGGGGAUCUCAAAGAAUCUGCAAGACAAGAGUCCACCAUCAAUGAGCAUGAGCCGAAAGCCCGACCUACGAACUCUGAUGCCCCCUUCCAACAAAUGCAACAACAUGCCCACUAUUAAUCAAAGGAUAAAUCACUCCCAAACGGCCCAGACACUCACCACUCCUGCUGUGUCUCUUGCGGCACCUAAUUUACCUGGACAGGGGAUGGGCGGGUACCCCUCCUCACUUUCCUCUCCUUAUGGAACAGAGUUUUCGCUGGGAGGUGAGCUCUCCUCCCUGUCUGGUUUUGGUAGUCCAGGACUAGGGUCUGUAACUGGCUGGCAGCAGCAACAGAUCCAGAACCUUCAGCAUUCAGCACUGGGACACAUGAACAACUUAUGUCAGAACUCCAACCUCAAUCUAUCAUCGACGCAGCAGAAUCUUCACAUAAAGUCUGAGCCGGCCUCUCCACCCCGGGACCGCAGUGGGGGUAUUGUCAGCAGUGCUCUGGGGGCUUCAGGAUACAGCCGUGGCCCAAACGACUCUGGACGCUCUCCGGGUGACAGCGCGUCCAGCUGUGGCAGCUCGUAUGAAGGCAGUGAAGACCGAGACGAUCACCAUGGAAACGACAGUUUCCUGCUGCGGCCUUUGUCCAGUCAAGACGAGCAGCACAGCCCUUCAGUGAAGAGGAUGAGGUUAUCCGAAGGCUGGGCCUCAUGAUGGAGCGGAGCUCCGGAGGAGAGGAGGGUGUUACUAAAGUUACCUUAUAGUGUUAUUAUCAAUAUAAUAUUCUUGUAUUGUGUGGGUGUGCUUUAUGUGUAAUGGUAACAUGUAUGUAGCAGGGCAGAGGAAAAGUUAGUCCGGUUCUGUGUAAACUUGUACUGUAGGAAAAAAAAAAAAAAACAUCCAAGACUGUGUACAUGUGACACUUAUAUUUGAGCAAGCAAAUGGUGCACAUUUAACUAUUGGAUUUGCAUAUUUAUACUAACUAACAAGUGAAGACGUAUGGUACUAGUGAUGCGAAGGCUACUGGGAGAGAGCAGACUACUCAC